AUGUCUCCCCAAAAACACGUCGUCUUCGACGUCGUCGGCACCUGCGUCUCCUUCGACGCCUUCUACAGCUGCAUUGACCGCGUCAUCGGCGACAAACUGCGCGCGCAAUGUAUCACACCCCGUUUCUUCGGGUUCAGCUGGAUGACCGCUGCCGAGCUGGAAUUCACCUUCUUAUCCAUUUCGGAACGCUAUAAGCCUUACAAAGAGGUCAUCACGGCGCUGUUCUAUCGGACGUUACAUAUGGCGGGCGUGGAGGACCCGAGGUCGUUUGCGACGGAGGCUGAGAGGGAUCAGUGUGUGCAGGGGUAUUCGGAGUUGGAGCUGAGACCUGGUACCCGAGAGUGUUUUGCUAAGUUAAGAGAGGCGGGUUUCACGGUCUGGUGUCUGACGACUGGGGACACGAGACGUGUGAGAGGGUAUUUUGAGCGUGCUGGGGUGGAUAUGCCGUUGGAGAACUUCAUUAGUUGUGAUUCGCAUGGCGUGGCUAAGCCGGCACUGGCGGCGUAUAGGCCUGCGAUGGAGAGAUUUGCGGAGGAGGAUGUGAAGUGGUUUGCGGCGGCGCAUAUGUGGGAUGUUUCGGCGGCGGUUAAGGUCGGAUUCAGAGGGGCUUAUUGUACCGUGUAUGAGAAGGAGUCGUGCGCGGAGAUUUUUGAUACACAGAUGGAGGUGUUGGCUGAUUCUUUGCCCGACAUGGCGGACAAGAUUAUUGCAGCUUCAGGGUAG